CCCUAUUUAAACGUCAACGUGAACUGGAUUGUUUGUUAUUGUUUCUUUAUUUCCGUCUCGGUAGUUUCUUAUCUAACGUAAUGUUCCUCUAUCAACGUACUCGAAACCUCAAACAAAUUUCCCGAUAUUUGCAUAACAUUACUAAAAACCCAUCGCCAGCAAUAUCUCAAACUACCUCCGUUACUGUAAAUCUAGGUCGUACACCAGAACCUUUUUCACAACGAUUACCUCCUAUCGUCGGCUUUGGUGCGAGCCUGCGACGUAACUAUUCAACUGAAAGCAAAGAUGAAGCGCGUCCGAAGAAACCACGGAGCUUACCGAUGCUAAUGGAUUUUCCAGAACUGGUAUGGCCUUCCAUGAUCAAGUCCGUGAAAAACUGGAUAAUGGUUCAGUUUAUUAUUCGACCCUACUUUGAUCGGGAGUUCAACUUACCGGAUUUCAUCCAGGGCGCCAAGCAGGCACUUCAGGUUGUAUCGGCUGCAUUGUCCGGUGGAGAAUUGAAAAAUCUGGAAGGUCUGGUGGAUCGUCAAACAUUGCAAGAUUUGAAAGAUUCUGUCGGAAAAAUGUCCGUUGCCCAACGGUACGAUUUGAUGGUUGACAAGAAGGACAUAUAUUUCUCAUUUCCUUAUCAGGUGGGCGUAAUGUUUGACGAAGAAGACGAGCAAAGCCAGAAGCGGUUUGUAGAAAUUACGAUGGUGUUCCAUGUUCUCAAAGGAUUAAAAGGAAUGGUCGAAAGAGGUGAAGCAAUCCCUUUGAAUAUCGGUGUGAUGCCGGAAUUCCGAGACAAAAUUAGUAUUUGUAACUACCGGUUCAUAAAAGAGUUCACGAAAGGGGUUGACUCAGACUGGACGGUGAAUAUAGUAAAUCACUUCAAACCAAUUGACCUCGUAGACGAAUAACGGCAUUGCCAUCAAUGGAACAGCAUGAUGCUGAGUACUAGUGCGACCUUGUAUAUUUUGCGAAUAAAAGUCAUAAUAAGAUUAAAA